AUGACCGCCGAGAUUUCCGGCCUGUCGACCUUAGGCAAUCCGCUACUUUGUUCCAAUACCAAGCAGAAGCUGUGUCAGGCAAAUGCUGCGCUUGUAUGUAGUGGCUGCAACAUGGUUCAAUACUGCUCAAAGAUAUGUCAGACUGCAGAUUGGUCUCAUCACAAGAAAGGUUGUAAAUCCCCCUUCAUAAAAGGCACCUGGGAGCCCGAGUGGUAUCGCAGCGGCCGUCAGCCUGCUUUUGUCGGCGAGGGCUCCCCACUCGCCAUGUUCGGCAACAAGAAGUAUCUCUGGGGCAACAUGCCUGCUCUCGACAUUCUGCAGCUUCAACACAAUGAAAGCAAGAGCUGUGAAACGAGUCAAGACUUCAACCUUCUCUUUGCCGCGUCGGGCGAUCUUCGAAAUGCCCUCAAAACUAUCGCUGGGCUGCCAAAAGGAUACAAGGGUAAGUGCGUUGCUGUUUUGAACGACAUGGAUUUCAUCAUCGUGGCUCGCAACGCCAUCAUGCUUCUCAUUGCGCUUCAAUUUGAACCAGACGUUGCAGUACCGAUGAUCAUCCAUUUGUGGUAUUCAGCGCUACUUCCUUCCUAUAUGAUGCAGGCGAUCCAGACCAGUAUCCUUCCUAUGGUCGAACAUGCAAAGACAUUUGAGAUAGGUGGCCGAAAGCUACGCAUUACGCUGAAGAAGGAAGAAUGGGCUCGCUUGGCGAGGUUUUGUCAGGUUCCGGAAGGAUUGACAGCAGACGCUGCCCAACAGAUUCGUCACCGUAUCAUGCUGGCUCCCGAGAGGGUUGACUAUCGUGAUCGAGCUCUGCUGAACAUGCCUGCUGGUGUCCGCCAAGGCGAAAUGUACUUUCGCCACACAGGUGUCUUGCUGCCUUAUGGUUGUUCCACCACAGACUUUGACACACCUAACCCCACGCUAUUUCCUUCAGGUGACUGGCCGAUGAAAGACAACGCUAGUCCUCGCGAUGGUUGGCUUUUUGAUGAGUAUAUGCAGGAUGCUCCAGCUGCGAAAGCAGAUGAGUUCGGUGCUAUCUUCUUCCACAUCCGAGGACUAUUUCUUGAGUUCUGCAGCCGGCUACGGAGCUCUAACAUCUCGUUUCGGCUGUUUAACAUGGAUGCCCGAGAUUUAGGACACUAUCUCGAUGACAUGAAGUUCGACCGUAUCGAGAUUUCCAACAUAUGCGAUCGAGGCUUUGUUGGCCCGCACACUUGUCUCCAGGUCUUCUCGCAACUCCUCAAGUCGGCUUCACAGAACCCAGAAGCCACGCUGCUUAUGCUCUUCAUCAAUGCUGCCAUAGAAACUGAUCACACAGCAAACCCACAAGGAGACGUACAGUCGAUGGUAUCAGCGAUGAACCGCCUCGAAAAGUACAUCCCGAUCGACAAAUCACGAGUGAGUCUUACUCGAGGUAGAAUGAACACGGGUGCACAUCCUGAAGUAGUCUUGCGUACUGCCUGCUACGAUAUGUUCAAACCGUGGGAUAAGUACUUCGAUAUGUUCAUGAACGAGGGCAGAAUUACCCAGUUCGCUACGCUGUACGGGAUGGCUAUCAAGAAGAAGCACACCAUUGUUCAGCCUUGGCCGUAUAAGAUUCGAACUCGGACCACCAAAAAGGAGUUCGAUGUUCUGCGCGCUGGGAGUACGACGGGGUUCGAGCGGUAUAUGGAGUUCCAAAAGUUUGAAAUCAUCGCCGACGACGUGAGUGUUGGGUUUGCUGGCAUGCAGUAG